CUUUACUUGUCGAGAAAGAAGAAAAAAAAAAAAAAAAAAAAGAGUUUUGUCUUUUGUCUGUUUUUCAUAUAUUGAGUGGGCUAAAUUUGUAUGACGCGAGGGUUGGUUGUAAACUCUUAACUACUGUGUGUUCCUCUCUUUCUCCGAGUGCCUGAAAAUUUUCCUGGGUUUGUAAAAAAUGGGAAGAAUUGCCAAGACUUGCCUACGGUCAUUGCUCAAACUUGCGAAUUCCGUUAUGGGUAUUAUUGGGAUUGCGAUGAUUCUGUAUAGUUGUUGGAUGAUUAGAGUUUGGCAGAGAGAUUCAUCAUAUGUUGAUUAUAGUUCUACUGGUCCAUGGUUCAUAUACAGUUUUCUUGGAAUGGGUGUUGCCUUGGGUGCAAUAGCUUGUCUAGGCCACAUUGCUGCCGAUAGUGCCAAUGGUUGUUGCCUUUCUUUUUAUGUGGUGAUCAUCAGUUUGCUUCUCCUAUUGGAGAUUGCAAUGACAGCAGACAUGCUCCUGAAUUCUGACUGGGAAAAGGAUUUGCCAGAGGAUCCAACUGGGAGGUUACAUGAUUUUGAAGAUUUUGUGAAGUCAAACUUUGAUAUUUUCCAAUGGAUAGGCUUGCUGUUCACCUUAACACAGGGACUUUCAGUUCUGCUGGCCGUGGCUCUGAGAACUCUUGGGACAAAUCAGGGAUCCUAUUAUAACUAUGAUACUGACGAGGAUUAUGCUCCCGAGAGGCUUCCGCUCGUAAAUAACAAAGUCCAACCGCCACCGUAUGUUAAAGUUAUAUCCGACCCGCACUUUGCCACCAAUAAUAGUAGCACCUGGAAUGCAAACAAGUGAAGGGAGCAGUGUCAAAUGUUGUUCACAUAUGAGAGAUGCAACUGUCAGUGUCGUAUUUGCUGAGGAGUUGAUGUUUAGGAGGAAUUUAUGAAAGCUAGUGGAGACUCUGCUAUAAGCGAGUAUGAAAAAUUGAUUGUAUGUGCGCCCUCCAGGGCUUUUAUAAAUGUCUGUAACUAUGCAUGAGUAACACAUUCAUGUUAUGCUAUUGUUCUUA